AUGAAUUCCGACGAAGGCCUUAUCCUGGACGAGUUCCAUAUUCGCAGAUCUAUAGAUGAGGUCACCGAGAUAGAGCAGCCCGCCCUUGCCCCGGCAGAUGGUGGCAGGGCUGCAUGGCUCAUGCUGGCUUCGUGUUGCUUGAUUCAGUUGCCAGUCUGGGGAUUUUCCACUGUGUUUGGUAUCUUCCAAGAGUACUAUACAACGCAUGAUGUGCUACAAGGAAGCAAGGGUGACCUGGCGACCGUUGGGACUUCUUCUACUGGCAUUCUUUAUCUUCUUUCGCCUGUCACCUUUACGCUUCUGACGCGGUACCCCCGUCUACAAUACUACAGUGCGCCUGCAGGUCUGGUCAUUACAGUGAUAGGAUCUUUGCUCUCCUCGUUCUCUGGGAAAGUAUGGCAUCUUAUUGCCACUCAGGGCGUCAUGUGUGCUAUUGGGAAUGCACUGUUGUUUAGUCCGUCGUCCUUGUACCUUGACCAGUGGUUCUUGCGCCGAAAGGGCCUUGCACUUGGGACUAUGUGGGCUGCCAAGAGUGUCACUGGCGUUGCUCUGCCUUUUAUUGCCAGCGCUUGUCUGAGCAGGUUUGGUUCGAAUGUCACGCUGAAAGCCUGGACGGUUGUCACGUUGAUUACCACCCUCAUGGCUUUACCUUUUAUGAGGUCUCGAAUCCCUGUCUCGGCAUCUGCUUCAGCCCGUCGCUUGGAUUUGAGCUUCCUCAAACAAGCCACCUUCUGGAUGUUGCAAGCUGGAAAUAUUAUUCAGAGCUUUGGUUACUUCCUGCCAACAACAUACCUUCCUUCUUACUCGACGGGAACGAUCGGGCUGUCCCAGACAACUGGUACGCUGUUGCUCUCGCUGGUCAAUGCAACAUCCAUCUUCGGUGGGAUAGCCCUCGGGAUUCUGUGUGAUCGCUUCUCUGUGACCAACGUCAUGUUUUUGUCCUCAGUUGGCUCGGCAUUAUCUGUACUUCUCUUCUGGGGCAUGGCGUCGUCGGGCUCAGAAUCGCCACAGACAGCUAUUGCCCUUCUUACCGUAUUCUCCAUCACUUACGGGUUCUUCGCUGGUGGAUUUAGCUCUACCUGGUCGGGUGUCAUCACCCAAAUUAAACGUGAUACGUCGCCAUCACUUGAGACCGGUCUUGUGUUUGGUUUUUUGGCUGGUGGGCGAGGCAUUGGGAAUGUGAUCAGUGGGCCACUGAGUACAGUAUUGAUUCGCUCCGGAUCUUUGGGCGACUCCAGUGGCUCAACUGGUUAUGAUUCCCAGUAUGGAACUUUGAUCCUAUUUACGGGGAUAACGGCCAUUUUGGGAGCAUGGAGCUGGAUGUGGCGGUAUAUUAGUCCUGCACUGCGGUGUCUUGCUUGA